AUGGCUCGCCGCACCCGCAUGAGCGAGAAACCGCGCGACGCUUCCGAGGCCACGGCCGUGGAGCGUGGCGGCACGAAGAAGCCCAAGCCUGCCGGCAAGCACAGGCUUCCGAUGUUCAACCACAACGGCCACCGUGUGACGACUGGCAUCCACCCCGAUGGCGAAAGCGGCCGCAGCGGCAUCCACCCCAUGCAUUUCUUCCGCAUCUGUUUCCGCAGCUCGGCUCCAUGGUCCAAAUACGCCAACUUGUUGUGGCCCGUUGUGCCUGUCGCCAUUGUCAUUGGUUUUGCCAAGCGCCAUGCGCACUCAGACCAUUGGAACCUCGCCAUCUUCAUCCUGAACUACAUUGCCAUGGUGCCUGCUGCCAAUCUGAUCGGCUUUGGUGGAGAGGAACUCGCCCGCAAGAUCCCCAAGGUCAUCGGCAUCGUCGUCGAGACCACCCUGGGCUCCAUCGUCGAGAUCGUCCUGUUCGCCAUUUUGAUCACCAAACCCGCCACCGAAACUUUCAACCCCGUCCAGAUCAUUCAGGCCGCCAUUCUCGGCUCAGUCCUGGCUAACUUGCUGCUGUGCAUUGGCCUGUGCUUCUUCUUCGGUGGUCUUAGGCGCGAGGAGCAAGAGUUCCACGAAGCAGUCAGUGAGGUCGGAAGCGGACUGAUGUUGGUAGCUGGAAUGGCUUUGAUCCUCCCUGCAGCUUACAUCAGCACGCUCCAGAACUCGGAGUAUGCUGGAUCCGGAAACUUUGAACUGGACGGCCUCAAGAUCAGCCGUGCAACGGCCAUCAUUCUCCUGAUCUCUUACCUGGUCUAUGUCUGGUUCCAGACGCACUCCCACCAUGGACUGUACGACGAGAUUUUCGAACACGACGAGCUGAAAGACGAGGAUCGCCACGAAGAUCUCAAGAAGGACAAGCUCACGUUGACUGAGUGCUUCAUCGCUCUCACCAUCGCCAUCGGAUGCGUCUGCUGCAUUGCGUACCUCCUUGUCGACCAGAUCCACUACAUCGUCGAGGUGCGCCAUGUCAAGGAUGCUUUCGUCGGUCUUAUCCUGGUUCCCGUUGUCGAGAAGGCGGCUGAACACCUGACGGCCAUCGAUGAGGCGUACGACAAUCAGAUGAACUUCGCGCUUGCCCACGUCCUUGGAGCAUGCAUUCAGACGGUCAUGCUUAACACGCCCAUUGUUGUCUUCAUCGGCUGGGGUCUCGGCAAGAACAUGAGUUUGGCGUUCGAGCCCUUCCAGGCCAUCGUCCUGAUCCUUGCUAUCUUGGUCGUUGGAAGCUUCCUGCGCGAUGGUAAGAGCAACUAUCUCGAAGGGUUCCUGUGCUUCAUCGCCUACCUCAUCAUCGCCGUCUGUACCUACUACUACCCCAACCCUACUCACGGGGCAUCGAGCUCCACUGAAUCGAGUACCUCGAGUACCUCGAGUGCCGGGCACUGA